UUGAAAAAUCCACGUGCAUUAGUUCUGUAUAAUCAUCGAAAGUUUCUGACAUAAUGUCUACAAUAAAUUUAGAAAAUUUCCACAAAAGAGCAGCUGCAGCGGAAGAAGAAAUAGUUUUUUUAAAGAAAGAAAUCGAAUGUUUACGGCAAGAUAUUAAGGCUAAUAACUGUAAAAUAAAUUCUGUACCGAAAGAUGAAUAUGUAAAAUUGGAACAAGAAAAUAUAAAAUUGAAAUACAGAGUGACUAUUCUAAAAAGAACUAUUGAAGCUGAAAGAGCAAAAUCACAAAAUGAAAUGGAAGUAACAGAAAAUAACGUAAUCAGUGUAUAUGAAACAUUAUUUAAUAUAUUUCAAAAAGCAAUUUUAACUACUUAUCCAGAUAUUUGUGAUCCUCCAAUAAUUGUAACAUCUAGUUCUAACCCAAAAUUUGGAGAUUAUCAAUGUAACAGUGCUAUGCCACUUUGUAAACAACUUAGUAGCAAUGGUAUUCAAACAACGCCAAGGGAUAUUGCAAAUAAUAUAAUAUCAAAAGUAGAAAAAUCAAGCUUAAUAUCUAAAUUAGAAGUUGCUAAUGCAGGUUUUAUAAAUAUACAUUUAAAAAAAGAAUUUGCACAAACAACUUUAAGUAACUUAGUAAAAAGUGGAAAGGCAUUUCCACCAUAUGCAAAAAGGCAGAGAGUGAUUGUAGACUUCUCCAGUCCGAACAUUGCUAAAGAAAUGCAUGUUGGACAUCUAAGAUCUACUAUAAUUGGCGACAGUAUUUCAAGGCUGUUAGAGUUUUUAGGGCACGAUGUAUUAAGAAUAAAUCAUGUUGGUGAUUGGGGCACUCAGUUUGGAAUGUUAAUAGCUCAUCUUCAAGACAGAUUUCCUAACUACUUAACUGUAUCUCCACCUAUUACAGACCUUCAAAGUUUCUAUAAAGAAUCAAAAAUAAGAUUUGAUAAAUGUGAAGAAUUUAAAAAACGUGCUUAUCAGUAUGUUGUCAAGUUACAAGCAUUUGAUCCUGAUAUGACAAAAGCAUGGCAAUUAAUUUGUGAUGUUUCUAGAAAAGAAUUCGAAAAGGUGUAUACUCGACUAGACAUUAAUUUAAUAGAAAGGGGAGAAUCUUUUUAUCAGAAACAUAUGGAAGCUUUAGUUAAAACUCUAGAAGCAAGAGGACUAUUAGAAGAAGAUGAAGGACGAAAAGUUAUGUGGGGCAAACGAGAUAAUGAAAUACCUUUAACUAUUGUAAAAUCUGAUGGUGGUUUUACAUAUGAUACAUCAGAUUUAGCAGCUAUUAAACAACGUAUUGAGGAGGAAGAAGCUGAUUGGAUAAUAUAUGUAACAGAUUCUGGACAAUCUCAGCAUUUUCAAAUAUUGAAAAGUUGUGCUGAACGAGCAGGAAUAUUAAGAAGUUGCCAUAGAAUAGACCAUGUUGGAUUUGGUGUAGUUCUUGGUAGCGAUAAAAGGAAAUUUAAAACUAGAUCCGGUGAUACGGUAAAAUUAAGUGAUUUACUAGAUGAAGGUUUGAAAAGAGCACUUCAGAAAUUAAAAGAGAAGGGACGUGACAAAGAACUCACGGAGGAGGAAUUAAAACUUGCUCAAGAAUCUAUUGCUUAUGGAUGUAUAAAAUACGCAGAUUUAUCACACAAUAGAAAUCACGAAUACGUGUUUUCUUUUGACAAAAUGUUAGAAGAUAAAGGCAACACAGCAGUAUAUUUGCUGUAUGCUCUAACAAGAAUACGCUCUAUUGCAAGAGCAGCCAACAUGUCACAAGAGAAAUUGCAAGAAUUGGCACAGAAUACUCAAAUUUCAUUGGAACAUGAGAAGGAGUGGAAAUUAGCAAAAGUAUUAAUAAAAUUUCCUGAUGUAUUAAUUAAAAUUACAAAGGAUUUGUACUUACAUCAGUUAUGCGAAUAUUGUUACGAAAUGUCGUGCGCCUUUUCGGAAUUUUAUGAUAACUGCUAUUGUGUUGAAAAGAAUGAAUAUGGACAAAUAAUAAAUAUAAACAUUGACCGUAUGUUAUUAACCGAAGCUACUGCAAUCAUAAUGGAAAAAUGCUUUAUGAUAUUAGGCUUAAAACCAGUUACGCGCAUGUAA